AUGUCCUACCUCCACCUAAGCUUCUACUCAGCCUUCGCCCUAAGCAGCCUAGGCUUAGCCUUCCACCGAACCCAUCUAAUCUCUGCCCUACUAUGUUUAGAAAGCAUGAUACUAUCCAUAUACGUCGCCCUAGCCAUAUGACCCAUCCAAACCCAAUCAUCAGUAUCCACUAUCCUACCUAUCCUCAUACUAACUUUUUCCGCCUGCGAAGCAGGCACAGGCCUAGCACUACUAGUAGCCUCAACUCGCACCCACGGAUCUGACCACCUACACAACUUCAACCUCCUACAAUGCUAA